AUGAAUUCCACAUGCCAAAGACCUACAUUUCUGCUGAGGGAUGGAUGGGUCAACUUGGCGAUCCCGGAAACGAUUUGGCAUCUCUCGCAAGCAACAGUUGCACAUAAGAUGAACCUGAUUUGGAGCACACUGAUCAUACUCAAAGUGCUGAAUCUUGUCCAACCCCAAAAUGAAGAUAUGCACAACACAAUGAUGUCCUUGAAUACUUACACGGAAGAGGCCAGUCAAGAAGCUCAUGCGGCGCUCAAGAGAGGCGAAGAAGGUGCCAAUGAUGUGCCUGGCAGAGGAACCAUCGCUGGAAUCCACAUCGCUGACUUCCUCUUCACCAACCACUUCUUCGAGUAUCCCUCCUCGCUUCUUUCCUCGUCCAUUCUUUUUCACCUUGACCUGGUGAAGAAUCGGCCAAUUCAAUGGCACUUUACUAUUCUGCACAAGUACAAGAAAAGAGAGAAUUUCCGGUUCUCUCACCCAAGACUGGUUCUCCUUCAGGAACAGAUCCACCAAAUUCUGCAUCAUGUGAUUCCUAGCAACAGCAUUCACUUUGGCUCUGCACUGUGGACACUGGUUGCUCUUUGCCAUCCACUUGGAGUAGCAGCCCCCACAGAAGGAAUGCAUGCACGGCUGGACGGCGACACACUGAUGCAUGACCUCCGUGCAGAUGGAGCAAGUCAGAUUGGCCAGGAGAUCCCCCGUGAAGCUGCUCGUACUCGCAGCACCGCUCGUGCUCGGACCGGCUGCCAGGUCGUCGUCCACCGAAGUCCCCCCUCCUCCUUCCUUCUCUUGGAUGCCGUUCCCAGAGCUCGAGCCCGACUCCUUCCCGUUGGUCACAUCUUCGGUUAG